UUUCACAUCUAGGGGGUGGUCCAGGGCUUCCCCUGACCACCUUCAUGAACAAUGCGGAGAUAGCAGCCGCUACCCGCUUCCACUCUUCAUGGGAGAUGGCUCCAUCUCCCCUGCUGCUGUCGUAUACCCCGAGCUCAAUUGAGCUGGCGAGUUUAGCGAUUUCGCUUAACAUCGGUGCCGCUCCGACUCGAGGCUUCUUACCGAGGGAGGAUUCCCCCUUCUGCGACCUCUGUCGCUUCAUCGACUCGGGCGGUACGCUCGGCCCCCCUUUCCCGACAUUGACGUCGCUUAGCACCAUUUUGGCCCACUCAAUUUUGUUGUUGUUUUGUGUUCAUUGUAAUUGGGUCCCCACUCAGACCCGCUAUCCGUCUCCUGAAAAGGUAAUCGCCUUUAAAUGGUCCCAAGGUUGUCUCGGUUACGAGGCCAAGGCGAGGGUUGACGCACGCCCUUAUGAGGCAGUGCGUUCAGAGCCGACCAGCGCAAAGAAGGAGUCAUCUCAACAAACACCUACCACACCAACUUAA